CUUACUGACAACAGUAAGCUUUCAAAAAACUAUCUCUAUUUUAAGAUUUGACUAUAAUAAACAUUUAGUUCGCAUUCGUCCUUUACUAUUACCAUUUCUUAUUUCCUUGUAAGGCUUAUCUACCCCAAUACUCUUUAACAUUUGAAAGGGGCUGACACGAGUUUCAAACGAUGUAACCCAACCAAUACAAUUACCGUCUGCGAGUCACGCCCCCUAAGCAAUUUCAUUACCUGGGAAGCUCUAUAAAAGGUAACCUGCCGCCAGUGUCAUCUAGUAGCAAAAUGAGCAGACUGCAGGAGCUGACCCAGCAAAUAUGGGCCUCCGAUGUGGACGCGGGUAGGAUUGGUUCCUUGGAGUUGAACGCGUGGCUGGCUCAGCUGACAGGAAUACCGUUGGUAGGCCUAAGGCCCGAGUCAAGGAUCCAUAGGUUGGGCAUUCUGGUCCGCAGCACCUUCAUUUUACCCUGUCUCUUCUGCUACGUGUGCUUGGAGAUCUACGACCUUAUCUUGAACUGGGCGGACGUGGACGUCAUGACCCAGAACGUGCUGAUGACACUUACCCACGUGGGCUAUUGGGUCAAGGUGAUGAACACCUACUACCAUUACGGAGAGAUCAAGGAGAUUGUCAGCCAGUUGAGCUGCCUCACCAGAACCUGUGUGCUGUCUGCCCGCCAAAGAAGGACCUUCCAUGAGGUGGAGGUGGAGAACAAGCUGGUCUGUCUCAUGUAUUUUUUCCUGGUAGUGUUCUCCUCCUCAACGGCCAUGGUUAUGCUGCUUACCGUGCCAGAUGAAAUGGCCGGGCAACGGUUUCCGUUCCGUGUUAAGAUGCCCAGUUACCUGCCUCCGCUGGUGCAGCAGCUAUACAUGGGCCUGAGUGUGAUCUGGCUCUCCUGCGGCAUUCCCACCAUCGACAACAUGAACGUGCUCCUGAUGAAUCAAAUCUGCCUCCACCUCAAGGUGCUCAACAUGGCCUUUGAUGCCUUGGAAAGGGAUACGCAGGGAGAGCGGCUGCAGGUGGACCCGCACAGCUGGCUUCAGUCGAUCGUCCAGUACCAUUGCAGGCUUAUUAAGCUGCGACAGCGCAUGGAGCGGGUGUACCGGCUACCAAUGAUGUUCCAGUUCGUGUCCUCCCUGGUGGUGGUGGCCAUGACGGUGUUCCAGAUGCUUGUCGGCGAUGGCUCCAACAGCUCGAAGCUUGUCUACUUUAUGCUCAGCGGAGUUCUCUGUCAGAUAUUCCUCUACUGCUGGUUCGGCAACGAAGUCUUCGAGCAGAGCAAGACGCUGUCAUCCUCCGCUUUCCGCUGCGACUGGCUGCAGUUCGACGUUCGGUUCAGGAAGCGACUGGUCACCUUCAUGGUCAACGCGGACCGUCCCUUUCUGUUCACCGCGGGAGGAUUUAUGGGUCUGACCCUUACGAGCUUCACCAAUAUCCUGAGCAAGUCAUAUUCGGUGGUAGCGGUGCUGCGUCAGAUGUACGGCAGGACGCAGUAGCGAAGCUUUCUUUUGGAUCAA